AUGACUUUAAUAAAACAACAAAUUAAUUCACACAACCGGAAGGGCAUUAAUAUAGCACUUUCCUCAUAUUUUGAACAUGAUCAAUUGGGGGUCAAACACUUUGAUAGGAGCAACGCACCCGCGACUUGGAUACGAACCCGCACUUGGAUACGAACCCCGGACCAGCGCCAUCUAGGGUUGAAGAGCGGAACUAAAGGACCCGCUCACAUAGAUGUUGCAAGCGGGCCAUCGGGGGAACAACUAGGAAAUGUACGGCCGGCACACCACUGCACUCACGCACACAGACACGCGCGUCACACCGACGUGUGUAUUGAGGUGCAUUUGACAGCCGUCUCUUCCUGUCCGUAUGGAGCCGUCUCGGUCGCACACGUGCGACUCCACGUAAGAGCUAAGGAAGCGCGUGACGCGAGUCUGCACUCCUCCCACUCGGGGGAUGCCUGUAUGUCUGUCUCGCUCGGGCAAGGCAACGGAGUGCGUUGA